CGUAAGGAAAUGACUAGACCCAAAACAGAGCCUCUGGAAAUGUCUGUCAUUACACGAAUUGCAACGUACUGUAUAUAUAGUAAAAAUAAAGAGAUAAUACUUUCUGCGAUCAUAACUUUUGAUAUUCUUCUAACAGACAGAGGAAAUGAAG